GGGAAAAUGGCGUCGCAUAGAGAAGUGCGAAUGGAAGACCAGUAUACCCUUUUUAUGUCUGAGAUUGACAAGAAAGAGAGGGAUGAAAAAAAAAAACUGAGAGGCCAUGGAUUCGAACAGAGUCCAGGAACAUCCAGAAAGCGGAAUGCUCAAGAUGGUGUCAAAUUUGGGGUUCCCAAAAAACUUCAGCAACAGCUUGGAAAACAAAUGCUGGGUAUCAUGAUGCAAACUAAAAACAAUCCUGAACAGAAACCUUCUUCUGAUCAGUUGAAGCAAGUCAUGUUGCUAAUGCAGCAAGAGUUCAACCAGCAAUGGGACAAACAGAAAACUGAGUUGGACACAAAAGAGACACCACCACCACCACUACCCUCAGCAUCGCCACCCCCGCCGCCGCCACCACCACCACCUCUCCCUCAAUCAGAAAAAAAUAGAUGGAGGCCACCAUCUCCUCCCUACCCACCUCCAUCAUCAUCUCCAUUGUCUAAUACUCAUGGCAGACAUAGUUCACUGACAAGUAGUGCGGCAACAUCAAGUUCAGCUGGUCCAAGUAUAACACAGUUUAAAAGUUUGCCAUUACCGCCACAUGAAUUGUUAAAAAAGAAGAAACAGGAUCCUGUAAAGAAGUCCUCUAGUCAAGUUUGUUCAAGUAAAACUUUAAACCAGGCAUCUUAUUUGUCUGAAAAAAGAAAGCAGUUGCCUGUGUCACACUCUAUCUCAUCAUCAAGCCAGUUAAGUAACGAAACAAGCAAGACACAGUUGAAAGGAGAAAAACGCUCACAUGUACCUAGUCUGACUUUAGAACAAACAAACUUGUAUGAAUUCAUGAAGAGCCAACUGAAGACAGGUAAUGAAUCUGACCAUUCACACCCAAUGCAGUCCUUAACAGAGCGGGAUAGUUUAUUUGCAAGGUUCAAACAAAGUGUGCCAUCCCAGUCAGCAAGUGACAUGUUCAUACAGCGGUAUAAGACACCAUCCAAUAUUGGGAGUUUAACUCAUGAUGAUGAGAUUCCAAAACAACACUGUGAGCAAGAUAACAAGCAUACCGAUGAAGGGAAACCUUCAAAAAAGAUGAUAGAACAAACCAUGAAUUUAAUUGAAUGUGGAUUGAAGUCUGGUAACUUGACAGGUGCAAAAGCUAUUCAGCUGAAAGAGGUUCACAAACAAUUGGCUACGCACUUGGGAAGACUUGGUGGUUCCAGCCAGCAUGGUGAUCUGAAGCAGAAGAGGGAUGCUGGCAACUUCAAAUCAUCUGAAUCUCAUUUUGAAAAAAGAACAAGUCCUGUCAUUUUGACCACACAACAGUCCGAAGUUCAAAGUAGUGCACAGAAAUAUAAAUUGUCUAGUGCGCCUGUUGAAGUUCCAAGUGGUAUUGGAAUGAUGACUUCAUCUCAUGGUCACAGUGGUGUUGGAAUCAUGGAUUCAUCAAGUGGUAAAGGUAGGAGUUCUUCUGGCCAAGGUACUCAUGGAAUGAGGAGUUCACUUCCAGGUCCAGUCGGUAUUGGAACAAUGGGUUCAUCUGACCAAGGUACUCGUGGAAUGAGGGGUUCACUUCCUGGUCCAGGCGGUAUUGGAACAAUGGGUUCAUCAGGCAGGCAAAGUAACAUGAAAAUGAUGUCUUCAUCAUCGAGUCGUCAAGAUGGUGUUGGGAUGAUGGGUUCAUCCAGUGGCCAAGGAGCUCAUGAAAUGAUGGGUUCAUCCAGUGGCCAAGGACCUCAUGGAAUGAUGGGUUCAUCCAGUGGCCAAGGACCUCAAGGAAUGAUGGGUUCAUCCAGUGGCCAAGGACCUCAUGGAAUGAUGGGUUCAUCCAGUGGCCAAGGACCUCAUGGAAUGAUGGGUUCAUCCAGUGGCCAAGGACCUCAUGGAAUGAUGGGUUCAUCCAGUGGCCAAGGACCUCAUGGAAUGAUGGGUUCAUCCAGUGGCCAAGGACCUCAUGGAAUGAUGAGUUUAUCUGGUAGUCAUGGAGGUGGAGCUAUUAUGUCAGAUAUACUGAAAGCACUCUCUUCAAGUCAAGAUGGAGCAGAGAAGAUGAGGAUGUUGCAGUCGAUGCCUAAUCAUCCAGACAGGGCUAAGCUUCUGGCUGUAGCUCUGGCGUUGUGUGGUGUUAAAGGUCCUGAUAUAUUUGCAACCCUUAAGAAAGUAAUGCCUGAUGAAGAAUCAAGAACAUCUUCUCAGCAGCCAACAUCUCAUGCAGUUCAAGCUUAUGGUGUUAAAGGAGCCAGUUCCAAGGGUCAUGUACCAAGUCUGAUGAGCAUCAGCUUACCGUCAAGUGAACACACAAUUGAACCAUGUGGGAGUGGAUUAAUAGGAAUACCAACAAAAUCAGAAAGUGGUGAUACAAGAAUUGACAAUAUAUCUGGGAGUCGUGACAAACCACAAAGCCAUGACAGACCCCGUGAGAGAUCUGAAAGCAGAGGUCGAUCUGAUUCUAGAUUAGUAGAGCGUGUAGUUUCAAGUAGGAAUAAGUCUGGGCCAGGAUACUGUGAAUUAUGUAAAGUGCAUUGUGGGGAAUGG